CCCUGCAAAUGACGGAAAUCCGUCGUAGACUCGCUGCCAUAACGGAAAUCCGUCGUAGCGACGGAGAACUUUAUUCCCUGUAUAACUCAGAGGAAGAUCAUUUGCUGCUCAAUGUCACUCAUAUGCUGAGUUUGGAACUACAUGCUAUAUUUCUCGGACUAUUUUUAGCCUGUCUUUGUAUGGCAGAAAUAAUAUAAGUAGUAUGCAAGUUUGUGUUUCCAAAUUCUGCAACAUUACAUGUUUAUAACCUGCCAGCAGGGGUUUAGAUAAAAAAUCGGCAGCAGGAAGCGGCUGCCAUCGACAGCCGAAGGCAGUGGGUGAAUUCCAAACGGCUUUUUUGCUCCCUUGAAGGGCACUUCGGGAAGGGGACGCCAUGUGUAGGGACGUUCCAAACGAAAGUGAGCAACUGAUUCCCUUCACGAAGGGCCCUUCCAGAAGUCCGUUAGUGAAGGGAACAUGCGACGGUCACUUCACGGAAGUGAUUUCCGUUUGUGAUCAUGUGAUCUUCACUUAGGAGAUCUUGCGAUGCAUUUUAAAGCAAAGUUGGGGUUUAUUUUGACUUUACAUACAAACCAGGAAGCAGGAAGCGGCUGUCAUUGACAGCCGGAAGGUAGGAGAGACCUGCCACUCGGUAGCAGCCAAUCAGUAUCUACCAAUGUAGCAGCAACCAAUCAGAUGUAACUACGACAGACGCUAAACACUUCAGUAAUGGCGGCGAUUGUUCGAGCGGUAAGUUUGGAAAUUUGUGAUCGGAGUAAUGAAUAAUUGUUGCGUUGUAAGUUUGAAUUUUUUAAUUGUUAUCUCAGUGAACGACAAAGUGUAAAAGUGUGAAUUUGCCUACUUUAGUUUAAUUGUUCAGUUUAAUCUAAUUAGUGGUAGAAACGUAGUUUGUGAACCAUGUUACAUCAUAUAUAAUUGUUGCUCUUAGUAUGUUAGGGGGCUACCUUCAAAUAUUGCGUUUGAAUGAAUGAAUGAAUGGAUGAAUGAAUGAUUGAUUCUUUUUUUCAUCUAACAAUAACAAUUGACCAAACAGUUAUUUUAAGAACUACUCUUCUUUCUCUGCCUUCUGUCUUCACCUUUUGUAUACCUGACUAUCGGUUAUGACAGGUGAGGCCAUUACAUUUCCAAAAUCUUACUAACAUAAGUUAAUUUGAACAGAACAUGCAAAAACUUAUCCAUGGAAAAAUGUUAUUCAACUUCUGAAAUAUAUUACCUUUUAUAUUUGAAUGAAUUUGUGUUGCUGAGGUAUGUUAUUUUAUCUAAUACAAUGCAUGUGCAGGUGUACCACUUGCUUUUGGAAUAGAUGAUGUCUAUUCUGGGACAGGCAGUUGUCCCUAUUGUACAGCUGAUGUGACGUCAAAUCCUGAACACUUUCAGGCAAAGCAUUUAAAGCAUGCCAUAUAUUUUGAGGAUAAUGGCAUCCGUAAGCAUUGUACAAACAACAUGCAUUUUACACGUUUGUUCAUGUCGGCUGCAAGUUAAAAUGUAUUAACUUGCUCUUGCCUUUCUAGAAAAAUAUUGCAUUCCUUGCUUUUGUUUGAAAUCCCAACAAAGGAAGAGGUGCCAUUGGCAUUGCCCUAAGUGCCAGCACAUCUUGUGUCGUGCCCCUGACUUAAAAAAGCACCUCCAUAAUCAUGAUUUUGCAGUUAUGGACAAAGUUCCCAACAAGCCAGAGGAAGGGCCAACUGAAAACCCAAAGGCAAGGCAGCAUGUCAGGCAGGAGCAGCCACCUGUCAUUUGUAUUGACAAGAGAAAUGGGGUUUUUGUCACCCCAAAAGAUGUCCAUGGACCUAGAGUCCCUAUUCAUGUAAAAAAGCACAUUGUCUCAGCGUCUGUUGCCUGUGAAUCUCCUCUGUGUCGUGAUUUUAUGAGGAUUGGAGUAGAAAGUGGCAAUCCAGGCAUGGAGUGUGAUCACCUUCAGAGGACAAACAGAGCUGUGUGCUAUUCUGCACCACCAGCACUAAGGGAGGAUUCUUUGCAGUCAAUGGUAGACAGUGGCCUGAUGUCCAAAACCCGUCAAGAUGAAUGUUUGCAGCUCAGAAGCAAAAGUAUUACUAGUGGUGUUGAUUGUGUGUUUCCUAUUUUUUGGCACGAGCAAACCUCUGUCAGGUUUAUUUAUUUUUCUGUGUUUACUGGGGUAAGAGACAACUGGUGUCAGUUUGAAAGGACAAGGGUUUCUUUUGAUAGCCUUGUGGGCCAGUGGCACUGCUAGUGCCGCAAUAAAAUGAGAAGCUGUGUGCACAGGUACUUGAGCAUGUGGUGGCUGUUUCAAGAGAAACCGCACCUCCUUUCUUGUCAGACUGACCCAAAUGCUGGAGACAGUGAUGUGGAUGAAAGGGUCAGAGAUGUUGCAGAGACAGAAGUGGCUGCACUGGCUUCUACUGACAUACAGGAUUGGACAGAUUAUUUGUGGAGCCGAAAGAGGGUGCCAGAAGACCUUCCAGAGGAUUUGUCAACAAAAGAGCGCCAAAUCCCAGACUUGUUUGAACCCCUGGAGUCCAACUGUCCUUAUUGCCCUGGCCCAACUCCACCAGCUCCGGGGGAGAGGGUGCUAAUUACACGGCGUGGGACAGUGUAUGGCGUAUCCUCUGUGACUCGAGGUGUGCCAGUGUAUGUGAGGAACUGCCUUGUCUGUAGACGUCUAGUAAGGUUUCAGGAGUAUCAGUCUGGAUUUCACAAUUAUGAUAACAGGACUUUUUUGACCAUUCCUCUGUUCCCUUCUGACAUCUGGACUCGCAGUUAGUGACAGGAAAACAUGACUAGUAUUUCCCAUGCUUCUACAUGUUUAUUAAUUUGAGGUUUUUUUAUUAUUAUUUUUAUUUUUUAUAGAAUCAUAUUGCCCUUGGACGUUUUUUGCAAACAAUGGAGGAUCAUGCCAACAUCACUGUUCCACACAAUCUGAUUCGAAAGGCAUUUUAUAAUUUCUCUGCUCUGAGGGAGUACUCUUACAGCUAUUCAUUCGUCCGAUGUGGCCACAGCCCUCCUGUUUUGAUUGCAGAUGGAAACUGGAAAAUUGCUUUUGAUUUACCAGCACAUCUGUUUAGGCGGCCAAACUUGGACAAUAUCAGCGAAAAGGAUACUCAAGUUAAUGUGAGGACAAGAUGGGAGACAAUUGAGAAGAAAAUGAUUUCUUCUGGGUUCUGUGAUGGCAACACAUUUGCCAAUCCUUAUGCAUGUCCCUUGACAUACACUGCCUUUACUCCAUGGCUGGGUAAUUGCUCUAGGAUAAGUGAUAUUGUUCCAAAGACUGAAGUGUUCCUGUCUCAGAAAGAUCGAGCGUUCACCUCAAGCUGUGGAUUGGUGAUGGAUGAAGAUACAAUUUUACAAGUGCUGGAGUCCAAAACUCCAAAGAGAGAAGCUUUGGUGAAAGCUUGCAAAGCCCUGGGAGUAUCACAUGUAGGUAGCACCACUGACUUGAUAAACAGACUUGAGGAGCUACUGCUUUACAAGGACUUGUACCCCAAGAUGUUCAUCAAGCUUCAGAAGGCUGGUGUAGGUGGUGUUUUGCACAUGACUUGCACACACUCUGUGGUGUACUACCAGUCAGCACUGUGGUGGCAAGAGUCAGCCCGUGACCAUGGAGAUGCUCUGUUGAGCUUUAAACACCCUCCCACAGUGUUUGUGUCAGAUAUUGCUGGACGUGUUGCAAGACAUGUUAAUAAUCGCACCAACCAGUGUUUUUUCCAGCCAUAUGAUGGCCGACUUUGUGCAAACACUACUGAGCACAUCCAGGGUGCAGCAGAAAAAUUACUUGAAGUCCGGUUCCCAUGGGUGACAAGUGUUGGCUUCUCAUCAAGAACAGUCUCUGCAAAUGAGGCCACCAAUUCUUCUGACAGAUUCUCCUCACUGCAUCCUGUGACCGGAACCAGUGCAAGGUUCUCCUUGUAUGAUCGCUUCCAUCAGAAAAAUCAAAGGAGACAAGAGGAGCUUUUGAGGAGUUUGAAAUUGGCACCACAUUUAGCUGCUCUUGUGAACUCCUCCGUAGCAGAACAGCUAAAUCGGGAGUUGUCUUCUAGCAAAUACUCGUUGUGUCAAAUGAAAGAUGAACAUUAUAUGUUCUCUCUUCGACUAUACUUUCAUCUUCACAACAAAAGAAUUAAUGACAAAUACACCAAAACUUUAAACAUGCAAGCAAAGCAAGCUGUCCAUAUUGGCCUAUAUGGUAAACUGACAUUCAGGAGUGAAGGCAGUGCCACAGCAGUUCCAGAAGUUUUAACAAGUUCACGAGAGCCUCGUACUGACUGCUGGGGACAGACAAAUAUACGUGCCAGGAAGGAGAUCCCAGAUUUCCAGUUGCAAAACCCACCAAACCCACAGUUGGAUCAUGUUUUGGAUGAGACCCAAUCACCGGAAGAGAUCAUAGGUGCAGUGGGUACCUCAGUGUUGAAAAGAUUGGAUCUGAUGUCUUUAGGAUUGAACCAGGAAGUGGAGGCAACAGUGGUGAAUUGUUGCCUUUCUCAGUUAUCCAUAAUUUCUGGACAAAAGGGCAAGGAUGUUCAUGCUGUCAAUUCUUAUGCAGUGGCCACUUGGCAACCACCUCUAAAUUGCGAUCCAUUUCUGUCCCUGCCUGCUGAUGCUUCAUCAAAAGACUGCAUAAUUUUUCCUCUGUGCAAGUCAAGUCACUGGACCGUGUGUGAUGUUCCUGCACAGUCAGCAUCUGUGGAUUGCGGUGUAUUCAUGCUGAUGUAUGCACUGUAUAUGGCGCUUAACUGGGAGUUUGACUUCACCCAGCAUGAUAUGGUCCAUAUCAGGAGGUGGUGGGUGAAUCUGAUCUUAUCCAAAAUGACACAUGCAAGAAAGAAGCGGUGCACAUCAGCCAUGUCAGAAGCAUUCAAGGAGGAGACAAAACAGCAGGAGAAAGUGCAGAACAUAGGAAUCUUGAUGUUGCCAGAUGCUUUCCUGUUGGAAAUUCUUCUUCAUGUGGUCCUGGAGGAGGGUGAUGCUGCGUUGUUAAAUCUGUCUUUGGUUUGUUCCAAAUUCAGAAGUCUUGUGGAUACAGACUCAUUUCAAAAGAGGGCACACUUCUGCUGGCUUGACAGUGUAACAAAAUGGAGAAUGAAGUCUGAGCCAUGCCAGGAAUUUUUCAAAAUGUACACACUGCAGCCCUGCAGACACUGCAAUGAGGUUUACAAAAACUGCUUACCAGGCUAUGUUGGAAGAGGAAAACGAGGAGAGAUGCAAGGAUUUUACUCAGAAAACACCCAUCCAGGCUUUUGCAGUGAUGAUUGCAAGAUGCUGGAGGAGUAACUCUGUAUAACUCAGUUCCAAUCUGAAAGUCUUGUAAAUCCCUCAGGAUUGUUGUUAGUGAUUCUGAUUUCUGAUUAACAUUUUUCUCUACUUGCUUACUGGAUGUAUUUUAUACUGUUUACAUUGUAUAGCACUGACUUUGACAACAUACCAAGCCUGUUACAAAUUUAACCGCUACUUUAUUUAGAGAUAUAGAUAGAUAAACAGCUAUGUCGUUGUUUCCUGAAAAUAUAACACAGCAAAAAAUGAUUUUAAAUACAGGUUAUUGAUGAGACCUGUCUCUUUUUGUCAUUUAGGCAAGCGUGUGCGUCCUAUAUAAUAAAUAUACAACAUACACCUAGUAAUAAGUGCCUCUCAUAAAUUAUAUAUGUUUGUGUGAGUAUCUUUCAUUAUUUCACACAAACAUUGUUGUAUACACACACAUGCAUUCAUACAUAAACAUUCAGCUGGAAUUUAACAUUUAACCAAAUGAUCUGUUUUCUUUGUUUAUAUUUGAUAAACUUUUUUUAUCAAAUA